AUGGAGGACCCCGGGACCAAGUUUGGGAAACACUGGUACCGCGACCGGCGGGACGCAUUUAAUGUCAUCCGGCUACAAUAUCACCAUCCCCCACCCUCACCCACCCUCAGCCACCCUCACCCACCAUCCCCCAGCCACCCUCACCCACCAUCCCCCACCCUCAGCCACCAUCACCCACCAUCCCCCACCCUCAGCCACCAUCCCCACCUCGCCCACCCUCACCCACCCUCAGCCACCCUCAGCCACCUACCCUCACCCACCCUCACCCACCCACAGCCACCCUCAGCCACCCUCAGCCACCAUCCCCCACCCUCAUCCACCAUCACCCACCAUCUCCACCCUCAGCCACCAUCACCCACCCUCAGCCACCCUCAGCCACCCUCACCCACCUACCCUCACCCACCCUCACCCACCCACAGCCACCCUCAGCCACCCUCAGCCACCAUCCCCCACCCUCAUCCACCAUCACCCACCAUCUCCACCCUCAGCCACCAUCACCCACCCUCAGCCACCCUCAGCCACCUCAGCCACCUCACCCACCAUCCCCCACCCUCAGCCACCAUCACCCACAAUACCCCACCCUCAGCCACCAUCACCCACAAUACUCCACCCUCAGCCACCAUCACCCACCAUCACCCACCAUCCCCCACCCUCAGCCACCCUCACCCACCCUCACCCACCCUCAGCCACCCUCAGCCACACUCACCGACCCUCAGCCCACCCUCACCCACCAUCCCCACCCUGAGCCACCCUGACCCACCCUCACCCCACCCACAGCCACCCUCAGCCACCCUCAGCCACCAUCCCCCACCCUCAUCCACCAUCACCCACCAUCCCCACCCUCAGCCACUACCACCCAUCAUCCCCACCCUCACCACCCUCAGCCACCCUCAGCCACCAUCCCCCACCCUCAUCCACCAUCCCCCACCCACCAUCCCACCCUCAGCCACCAUCACCCACCCUCAGCCACCCUCAGCCACCCUCACCCACCAUCCCCCACCCUCAGCCACCAUCACCCACCCUCAGCCACCAUCCCCCACCACCAGCCCCCUGACCCACCACCCUCACCCACCACAGCCACCAGCCACCCACCAUCACCCCCAUCCCCCACCCUCACCCACCAUCACCCACCCUCAGCCACCCUCAGCCACCAUCAGCCACCAUCCCCCACCCUCAGCCACCAUCCCCCACCCUGAGCCCAACAGCCUCAGCCACCAUCACCCACCAUCCCCCACCCUCAGCCACCUCCCCCACCCACCACCCCCACCCUCAGCCACCAUCCCCCACCCUGAGCCACCAUCCCCCACCCACCACCACCCCCACCCACAGCCACCCUCAGCCACCAUCAGCCACCAUCCCCCCCCCCACCCUCAGCCACCAUCCCCCACCAUCAGCCACCACCCCCACCAUCAGCCACCAUCAUCUUGCACCCUCACCCACCAUCCCCCACCCUCAGCCACCACCCCCACCCUCAGCCACCCAUUCACCCACCAUCAGCCACCAUCCCCCACCCUCAGCCACCCUCCCACCCCACCCACCCACACCACCCCCCACCCUCAGCCACCAUCCCCCACCAUCAGCCACCAUCCCCCACCAUCCCCCACCCACCACCCACCAUCAGCCACCAUCCCCCACCCUCAGCCACCAUCCCCCACCCUCAGCCACCAUCAGCCACCAUCAGCCACCAUCCCCCACCAUCAGCCACCAUCCCCCACCAUCAGCCACAACCCCCACCAUCAGCCACCAUCCCCCACCAUCAGCCACCAUCCCCCACCAUCAGCCACCAUCCCCCACCAUCAGCCACCAUCCCCCACCAUCAGCCACCAUCCCCCUCCCUCAGCCACCAUCCCCCACCCCCCACCAUCAGCCACCAUCAGCCACCAUCCCACCAUCAGCCAUCAUCUUGCACCCUCAGCCACCAUCCCCUCACCCUCAGCCACCACCCCCACCCUCAGCCACCAUCCCCCACCAUCAGCCACCAUCCCCCACCAUCAGCCACCACCCCCCACCAUCAGCAACCACCCCCCACCUCAGCCACCAUCCCCCCACCAUCAGCCACCAUCCCUCCACCAUCAGCCACCACCCCCUCCCUCAGCCACCAUCCCCCACCCUCAGCCACCAUCCCCCCCACCCUCAGCCACCACCCCCCACCAUCAGCCACCAUCCCCCCCACCAUCAGCCACCAUCCCCCACCCCCACCCUCAGCCACCAUCCCCCCACCAUCAGCCACCAUCCCUCCACCAUCAGCCACCAUCCCCCUCCCUCAGCCACCAUCCCCCACCAUCAGCCACCAUCUUGCACCCUCAGCCACCAUCCCCCACCAUCAGCCACCAUCCCCCACCAUCAGCCACCACCCCCACCAUCAGCCACCAUCCCCCUCCCUCAGCCACCAUCCCCCACCCUCAGCCACCAGCCCCCACCCUCAGCCACCAUCCCCCACCAUCAGCCACCAUCCCCCACUAUCAGCCACCAUCCCCCUCCCUCAGCCACCAUCCCCCACCCUCAGCCACCACCCCCACCCUCAGCCACCAUCCCCCACCAUCAGCCACCACCCCCCACCAUCAGCCACCACCCCCACCCUCAGCCACCAUCCCCCACCAUCAGCCACCAUCAGCCCCUCUGCCCACAAAUGAGAGUCGUGAGGACAUGUCAUACAUCCUGUGGCAUGUUGUCCAUUUCCUUUGCAUCCUCUUCAUCUAA